GGGUCACGCUAGAAACUGCAAUUGCUGGGACUUGUCAGGUGGCCUCUGAUCUCUCUCUCUCUCUUUUUCAUUCUCUCUCUUAUCAUUCUUCCUAGGAACGGACAUUCCUACUGACACCUGGUUGGACAGCUGUAGACAGUGCAUUGCUGAGGAAGCAAGCUCUUGGCUGUGAUAUUCCAUUGCAGUCAUGGCGCCUAAAAAGAAGAAUGUCAAAAAGAACAAAGGCGAUAUCAAUGAGAUGACUAUAAUUGUGGAAGAUGGCCCCCUAAGUAAACUAAAUGGCUUGAAUGGCUUCUUAGAUGGAGGGAAUGGCUUCAGCUGCAUCUCAGCUGAGGUUUCUGAUUCUUCUUAUAGCCCAAAUCUCUUGGAAGGGCUAAGCAGAAUGAGGCAGGAAAAUUUUCUUUGUGACUUGAUUAUUGGUACCAAAACCAAAUCCUUCAAUGUUCACAAGGUGGUGAUGGCUUCAUGCAGCGACUACUUUCAUAACAUCUUAAAGAAAGAUCCAUCUACUCAAAGAGUGGAUCUCAAUGAUGUAUCCCCAUUGGGCCUAGCCACUGUUAUCACCUAUGCUUACACUGGAAAGCUAACUCUUUCACUCUACACAAUAGGUAGUAUCAUUUCCACAGCAGUCUAUCUUCAGAUUCACACCCUUGUAAAGAUGUGCUCUGAUUUUUUGAUGCAAGAAAUCAAUGUGGAGAACUGCAUGUAUAUUGCCAAUAUUGCAGAGACAUAUGGACUAAAAAACACCAAGGAAGCAGCACAGAAAUUUAUUAGAGACAACUUCAUGGAGUUUUCAGAAACAGAUCAGUUCUUAAAACUUACUUUUGAUCAAAUCAAUGAACUCCUUGCAGAUGACGACUUGCAGUUGCCUUCUGAAAUUGCUGCAUUCCAGAUAGCAAUAAAAUGGCUGGAAUUUGACCAAAAAAGAGCAAAGUAUGCUGCAGAUCUCUUGGGCAACAUUCGUUUUGGUACAAUCUCUGCUCAAGACUUGGUCAAUUAUGUUCAAACUGUACCAAGAAUGAUGCAAGACACAGACUGCCACCGACUUCUAGUGGAUGCCAUGAACUACCAUUUGCUUCCAUAUAAUCAGAAUACACUGCAGUCUAGAAGAACAAGGAUUCGUGGAGGUUUCAGAGUCCUAGUUACUGUUGGAGGACGCCCAGCCUUAACAGAAAAGUCCCUUAGCAGAGACAUCUUAUACAGGGAUCCUGAUAAUGGAUGGAAGAAACUUACUGAAAUGCCUGCUAAAAGUUUUAAUCAGUGUGUGACUGUGAUGGAUGGAUUUCUCUAUGUGGCUGGUGGUGAAGACCAGAAUGAUGCCAGGAACCAGGCCAAGCAUGCUGUCAGCAAUUUCUGCAGAUAUGAUCCUCGUUUCAACACAUGGAUUCACCUGGCCAACAUGAAUCAGAAGCGCACCCAUUUUAGCCUGAAUGUAUUCAAUGGCCUCCUUUUUGCAGUGGGUGGUCGCAACUCUGAAGGGUGUCUAUCCUCAGUUGAAUGCUAUGUGCCUGCAGUUAACCAGUGGCAAAUGAAGGCACCACUGGAGGUAGCAAGGUGCUGUCAUGCCAGUGCAGUCAUAGAUGGUAGAAUCCUGGUCACAGGAGGUUACAUAAAUAAUGCUUACUCCCGCUCUGUGUGUAUGUAUGAUCCCAGCAAUGAUAGCUGGCAGGAUAAGUCCACCCUUAGCACUCCAAGAGGAUGGCACUGUGCUGUUUCCCUUGGGGAGAGGGUCUAUAUCAUGGGUGGGUCCCAACUGGGGGGUCGGGGUGAAAGGAUUGAUGUCCUCCCUGUUGAGUGCUACAAUCCUUAUGCUGGCCAGUGGAGCUAUGCUGCUCCCCUGCCAACUGGAGUGAGCACUGCAGGUGCUUCCACUCUUAAUGGGAAAAUUUACUUGGUGGGUGGCUGGAAUGAAAUAGAAAAGAAAUAUAAGAAGUGCAUUCAGUGCUAUAAUCCAGAUCUUAAUGAAUGGACUGAGGAAGAUGAGUUGCCUGAAGCCACAGUAGGAGUAUCUUGUUGUACUAUUGCCAUGCCCAAUAACAAAACCAGGGAAUCCAGGGCUAGCUCAGUAUCUUCUGUGCCAGUCAGUAUUUAAACAUUAUAAUUAGGUUUCAUCAAGAAUAAAUAAAAAACUUAUAUUUACACAGCUGUGUAGAGUUAACCCUUUAAGUAGCCUUCUCUGCUUAUGUGGGGUGGGAAAUUGCCAUUGUAAAAAUUUUAAUUUUACAAAACUGGCCAAUUUUCAUGAUCUUUAAAAUACAUGGUGUGAAACAACAUCUUUAAGAUACAGUAAAUUUACUUAGUGGGAAUAUAAUGUUGUACCACAGUUAGAACAGGGACUCAGUCCUAUCCCUAACUUUGCCACUGACUUGCUGUGUUACUUUUGGCAAAUCACUUAACUUCUCUCUUCCACAGUUUCCUCAUCUGU